UGAGGCGGAGAGAUUACGAUUUCCGCGCCAAAGCCAAAGCCCUAUAAGAAGGACUGAAGGAGGCAGAGCGACAACGACAAAUACUAGACUCAACGAGAAAAUGGAUGCGGAGAAGAGGGAAAUCGAAGUCCGUACGCUGUCUGGUGAAUCAACAACCGUAUCUAUCGCCACGAACAGAACCAUUAGCGACCUCAAGCUUCUCUUGACUACCGUAUUCCCUACCGCCUCUUCCUCUCCCAAUUUCCAUCUCUUCUUCAAGGGAGUUAAAUUAAGCGUGCAGAGUCACAUUACCGCACUUACUGUCGAGCCUGGUGAAUUCUUAGUAUUGAUUCCAUUUAUAAAGAAGGAACGACCUAAGGCUCCAAAUCCUGAUUUUUCGACGAACUUACCUAAGCAAACCUCAAAUUCUAGCUAUGCGGAUUCAGUUUAUUCAGAUAUGAUGCAAGAGUUCUCAUCUUUUUUAAAAGAAUCAAGCAAUUUGAGUACACCACCCAAUUACGAGCCGGAUAGUACUAAUUCUCAAGGACAUAAAAGGAAAAGGGUUUUUAAGUACCGUUAUGAAGAUGAUGGAGGAGGACAGUAUGCGUUUUUAUGGAGCGUAUUUCAGUCUUCUAACAAGAAUAUACUUGACGAUUCUAACUGUGAAAAGUUUGUUGAGGUUUUGGAAUCUUUGAAUUGCUUGACAAGUUCACAUUCUGGAAUUUGUGUGCUGGUAGCUAAUAGUGGAGACAAUGGGGAAGCUGAGGUUUUGUGCUUGUGUCCGGAGUGGUUGAAAAGAAUUAUGCAGGCAUUUGCUUUCUUGAAUAUUUUGUCUGCUUAUCUGCAAAUGCACAAGGAGGAAAUUACCUCGGCUCAUUUGAAGGAGGUACUAAAGCAGCUUGGUAGAUUUGGUUUCAACGCUGGCUUUGAGGAUAUUGAGCAUAUUUCUGUUCUUUGUCCUAAGGUAGUGUCAUUCGCUAAUAAUAGUACGGAGUUUGUGAAUUCUGCUGAUGCUCUUGUCAUCAUCAAUUCUGAAUUAGAAGACAGAGAUGAAUUUGUAAUACCUGGAAAUGGUCAGAAAGCCAUGUCUUUAUCCAAGAUAUUUACCACGAUGAGAAAACGCGAAAGUUCCUUUAAAUCUCACCUAUGGGAAGCUGCUAGACUUCUGAUGAGUAAAAGUGGAAAUGCAAUUGCAAUGCUCUUUUCCUUGGAAGAUUUGCUCAACUUUGUGAAGGGAGGUGGUGCUUCUGAAAAGGGAAAUGAAGCAAAACGAGAAAGUGGAAGACUGUCCUCUAUUUCGCGCCCUUAUUCAUUCCGAACACAUUGCCAUGAAACAAAUCACUUGGUGCCAGUGGAAAUGGUUCAACAUCUCAGAGAGGGCCUUGGAUCAAAUGGACAUAUGGUGCAUGUUGAAGACAUAGAUGCUAGAAAAGCCAUUUACGCAGAAAUACCACAUGAACUCUCAGAUAACACAAAGUUGGCACUGAAAUGCAUGGGGAUUACUAAAUUAUAUAGCCACCAGGCAAAGUCUAUCAUGGCCUCCCUUGCCGGGAAGAAUGUUGUGGUGUCAACAAUGACAUCUAGUGGGAAGUCCCUUUGCUAUAAUGUGCCAGUUCUGGAAGUAUUGUCCCAGAACUUGUCAUCAUGUGCUUUAUACUUGUUUCCAACCAAGGCCUUAGCUCAAGAUCAACUAAGGGCGUUAUUAGCUAUGGCAAAAGAAUUUGAUACUAGCAUAAAUAUCGGCAUAUAUGAUGGUGAUACUUCUCAGACAGAAAGGCCAUGGCUACGUGAUAAUGCUAGACUGCUGAUCACAAAUCCAGAUAUGUUACACAUGUCAAUCUUACCAUUUCAUAGACAAUUCAGUCGAAUUUUAUCAAAUCUAAGGUUUGUGGUGAUUGAUGAAGCUCAUUAUUAUAAAGGAGCAUUUGGCUGCCACACUGCUCUUAUAUUGAGAAGACUCCGCCGUAUCUGUUCUCAUGUGUAUGGCAGUGAUCCUUCAUUCAUUUUCUCAACUGCAACUUCUGCCAAUCCUCAUGAGCAUUGUAUGGAACUUGCAAAUCUUUCAACAUUGGAUCUCAUUAAUAUCGAUGGAAGUCCUUCUACAAAAAAGCUUUUUGCUCUCUGGAAUCCUAUUGUGUCAAAUGAAGAUGGAAAUGGCUCUGCAAAUAAGAAAACAAGCCCAAUUUCAGAAGUUUCAUACCUCUUUGCAGAAAUGAUUCAGCAUGGACUUCGUUGCAUAGCUUUUUGCAAAUCACGCAAACUGACCGAGCUUGUUUUGUCCUAUACGAGGGAGAUUCUUCAGAAGACAGCCCCUCAUCUUGUAAAUUUAAUAUGUGCUUAUCGUGGUGGUUAUGCUCCUGAGGAACGGAGGAAAAUAGAGAGAGAAUUCUUCAGUGGAACACUCUGUGGAAUUGCUGCAACAAAUGCCCUUGAGUUGGGCAUAGAUGUUGGCCAUAUUGAUGCAACCUUGCAUUUAGGUUUCCCUGGUAGUAUUUCUAGCCUGUGGCAACAAGCUGGAAGGUCUGGAAGAAGAGAGAAGCCAUCUCUUGCUGUGUAUGUUGCAUUUGAAGGACCACUCGAUCAAUAUUUUAUGAAACAUCCCAAGAAGCUCUUCAAUAACCCAAUUGAAUGUUGUCAUGUUGAUGCUCAAAACGAAAAGGUGCUUGAACAGCAUCUGGUCUGUGCUGCUCUUGAGCAUCCACUGAAUUUGCCUCAUGAUGAAAAAUAUUUUGGCUCUGGUUUGAGCAAGUCAUUAAUGUCCCUUAAAAGUAAGGGAUACCUGAGUUAUGAUCUCUCAUGUGGUUCUUCUGCUAGAAUAUGGAGCUAUAUUGGGCAUGAGAAAUCGCCUUCACAUGGAAUCUGUAUUCGAGCAAUAGAGGCUGUAAGAUACAGGGUUAUAGAUGUUAAACAGAACGAAGUCCUUGAAGAGAUAGAGGAAAGCAAGGCUUUUUUUCAGGUAUAUGAAGGCGCAGUCUAUAUGCACCAAGGGAAGACCUAUCUGGUUGAGGAAUUGAUUAUAUCAGAAAAGAUUGCUUUGUGCCGUAGAGCUGAUUUGCAAUAUUACACAAAAACUCGUGAUUAUACAGAUAUUCAUGUCCUUGGUGGUGGUAUAGCCUAUUCAGCGAGGGUCUCCAAAAACCAGUCCUUAAAAACGACAGCUCAAGCAAAUUAUUGCAAAGUAACAACUAUUUGGUUUGGCUUCUAUCGCAUAGAGAGGGGGACUAAAAGAAUCUUGGAUAAAUGUGAUCUUUCACUGCCUAAAUACUCAUAUGAGUCACAGGCAGUAUGGAUUCAAGUUCCUCAAUCAGUUAAAAUCUCGGUACAGAAAUAUUUUCCAUUCCGCGAGGGUCUGCAUGCUGCAUCUCAUGCUAUUCUUAAAGUAGUGCCGUUGUAUGUAUUUUGCAAUUAUUCUGACUUGGCUCCAGAGUGUCCAAAUCCUCAUGAUACCCGCUUUUUCCCUGAAAGGAUUCUAGUAUAUGAUCAGCAUCCUGGUGGGACUGGUGUCGCAGUGCAGAUUCAACCCUAUUUCACAGAGCUCCUGAAUGCUGCUUUGGAACUUCUCACAUCUUGUCACUGCUCUGGAAUUACUGGUUGCCCACACUGUGUUCAAAGUAUGGCUUGUCAUGAGUACAAUGAGGUGUUACACAAAAAUGCAGCCAUUAUGAUCAUUAAGGGUGUUAUGGAUGCAGAGGAGUCUUACUUCAAAGAAAUCCACGACUCUUCCCAGAACCCUAUAGGGCAAUGCCAAUAAUCCUCUAAUUGAUCAAGAAGUAAGAAUGGAUGUUAUUCCUUUCUUUCAAGAUGGUAAAUUUAGUGUAGUUUCUUUUAUCAUUUCUUCAUGGAUUGGAUGUUGUAUGUGCUACUUUCAUUCAUGUUAUUAUUAUUUAGGUAUAAUACAUUUAAGCAAUAAGUUCUAAUUAGUGUAUGUAGCUGAAGUUGGUGAAUAGUGCUGAUAAAUGUGUCGAGGCUUAAAUUUCUAAUUGGUUGUUGAAUCAGUUUUCUUCGUACUCCAAAACUGUAUUGCAGAUCCUUGAAAGACCCCAAAAGACUUGUAAGGAAAGCAAGUUUCCAUUCACGAGGAAAGUGGGAGGGGAGGUUGGAAUGUCGAGAUCAUAGGUCAAGUUGGUUAAGUAUUAUCAUCCCAACCAUAAUACUGAUACAAAGGCUUCUUAUUCCUCAAACCAAAAAUAAUGUUAUGUUAAUGGAGAAAGUUUCAAGUAAAUUCAGUUUAUUAUGUCAUUAAUGUGGUAUUAUCUAUUAAUUAUUAUGUUAUGGUUAUUAGUUGUAUAUUA